GUCAUGUCGGAAGUUGGUGACGGACCGUAUUUACGAUGGCAAGAUAAGACUUUCGACGCUACAGACUCUCUGUCUCCUCAGCAUGAUCAGCUUCUCGGAAGGAUAUGUGAUGCAAGCUGGCCUGGACCUCGAUAUGGCGAAUUACUUUGCCAAUGGACUACCCCUUGGUUCAAGUCUAGGAGAUCCUUUCGAAUAUUCUCCACGCAUUCAGGCUAUCUCGUUACUGCAGAGCUUACAGGGAUCCAUCCCAGAUGUUACGAAACCUGCUAAUAUUCAAGGGACUCUCCAGAGUGCCAAUCAUCUUCUGGAAUUCAUCAACCACCGUGCAGAAAGGUUUUUCAUUACCACGCGAGCCCAGCAUGCAAACAGAACCAAAUGAUAAUCAAGGUAUUUUGACAUACAUGUCACAAGCUGCCAAGGUCUGGCAUUUGGCAAGGGCAUAUGCAGCGAUGAGAAUUGGACCAGAUAGCCCUCCACCUUGGAACCCGCAGUCUGACUAUGCACUCGUCAAUUUACGUAACCUUGAGCUUGACUGCCGCUUCCCCCUUGUCUACCGCUUUGCUACCAAUAACUUCGGCGAAGUUCCACCGGAGGAACUACAGCAGCGUCGAGAUUACUGGGGCCCGUGGAUAUUUAUCCAGUUCAUACACGCGGCUAUACCAACUCUGCUAAAUCAUCCGUUCCUCUUAUCUCUCCGACUGAAGAACUUUCGGCAUAUGAUCCCUCAGACAUUUAUGUAUCAGUCAUUUGAUCUUAUCUCGAAACAUACAGCCUGGAUUAUCUGCUACCUCGAUUUGCUGGAACAGCAGCAGUUUGAGAUAACGGACCCUACGAUAGCACAUGCGGUUGUCAUAGUUGCAACCAUCCAUCUGCAGCACAGCUUUGUCGAAGAUAGUGUGCUGCGUACAAAAGCACAGCGUGGUUAUGACAAAUGCAUGCGGUUCUUGGACCAUAUGGGUUCCAAUUGGCCGGUCGUCUUCACUAUGACCCAGAAGCUCCGUAAAUUACAAAAUAGCAUAACCACUGUUCCAGCAACUAGCGGCGGGUCUGGUGACAAUCAGCGAUCAUGGUCCAUAGACGCGCAACUACUCUGGGAGAUCCUGAUCUACGAGAAGUCCGAGAACGACAACAGCUCUUCCGAUAAAUCGAUGUACGGUGAUAUCAUAACCUCGGAUACUGAGCAUAGUGAGCAAGACAUGGGCGGAGGUUUCGCCAUAGUCGGCUCGGCAGGUAUUUCCGGUCACAAGGGAUCGCUGAGAGAUAUCUCGGCAUAUGCACCCCAAGACAAAGAUCCUUACGAGACAUUGGGUAGCCUCGCUACUCCCAGCGGGAAUAGGCCUAGAAUGCAGGAAUCUAGUAUUUUUGGCGAUGUACCAGACUUUGGCACGAUAGAUCAGGAUAACUUUCUCUUACAAGCUGAGGAUUUUGGACGAGCAGUUAUGGAUUAG